AUGCUUUCAAGAACCCUCAGAACUUCUGUGCGCUUGGUGCCGUUCCAUCGGCAACAUGCGCGUCAGAUGCCAUUGCACCUACCACAGAUGAUGCAGCAUGUCCGCAACUACGCCGACAAGAUCGUCAAAGUCCCACAGAUGGCUGAGUCUAUAUCUGAAGGUACCCUAAAGCAGUGGUCCAAGCAAAUCGGUGACUUUGUAGAGUUGGACGAGGAGAUUGCGACUAUCGAGACCGACAAGAUUGAUGUCGCCGUGAAUGCUCCCGAGGCUGGCGUCAUCAAGGAGUUCCUUGUAAACGAGGAGGAUACCGUCACCGUUGGCCAGGAUAUCGUUAAGCUGGAGCUCGGCGGCGAAAAGCCGAGCGAGAAUAAAGAGGCAGCAGAAAAGCCGAGCGAGAACAAAGAGGCAGCAGAAAAGACUGCUUCUAAGCCGGCAUCUAAGCCUGAGCCCACCGAGUCGGUGUCUAACAGCGAACCUACAACUGUGUCCAAACCAGAGGCACCUGCCAGCAAACCGGCGGCAGCAGCAAAGGAGAACAAGGAACCAUCUAAGCCCGCUUCUAUCCUUGCAAAGGAUGCGGCGGCAAGCGCUAGUCCAACUCUUGGUAGCCGGGAAGAGCGCCGUGUGAAAAUGAAUCGCAUGCGCCUGCGUAUCGCGGAACGGCUCAAGCAGUCCCAAAACACCGCAGCAUCGCUCACUACGUUCAACGAGGUCGACAUGUCUUCCCUUAUCGACUUCCGAAAGCUCUACCGGGAGGAUGUCCUGAAGAAGACCGGUGUCAAACUUGGAUUCAUGAGCGCUUUCUCACGCGCUUGUGUCCUUGCAAUGCGUGACAUCCCUGCAGUGAACGCCUCCAUCGAAGGCCCCAAUGGCGGUGACACGAUUGUCUAUCGUGACUACGUCGACAUCAGCGUAGCUGUAGCUACCGAAAAGGGCCUGGUUACGCCUGUUGUUAGAAACACAGAGUCGCUCGACAUGUUGGGAAUUGAAAAGGCUAUUGCUGACAUGGGAAAGAAGGCCCGCGAUGGAAAGCUCACUAUCGAGGACAUGGCUGGUGGGACAUUCACAAUCAGCAACGGUGGUGUCUUUGGUUCCCUGAUGGGAACUCCCAUCAUUAACCUUCCGCAAACUGCUGUGCUCGGCCUGCAUGCUGUCAAGGAACGCCCUGUUGCCGUGAACGGGAAGAUCGAGAUUCGCCCAAUGAUGUACCUGGCGUUGACUUACGACCAUCGUCUACUGGACGGAAGAGAAGCAGUCCAAUUCCUCGUUAAGGUAAAGGAGUACAUCGAGGACCCUAGGCGCAUGUUGUUGUAA